GGUAGGGUGCCAAUGUGGGUUUGGCGCUCCUUAGGAUGCCACGCAGCGGAGCUGCCGCCCUCGGCCUUUGCUCCCCUAGGCCGACGGUGUCGAGAGGGAGAUGAAAGCUUUUCAGCCUCAGACUCGAAGGGUUGGAGCCAAAGCGGCCCAAGCGGCUAUCCACUUGAUGCGGAAAGAGUCCACAAGGCAAAGGACUCCAAAGGAGAAGUCUACUACCUUGGCUCUGGCAGAAGCGAUGGUGUGGCAGCAUGGCGCUUAGAAGCUUUCAAUGACCUGAGGCUUUGUGUGCCAGCUGCUCUCGAAGUGCGCCCCCCUCCACCACUAUCGGUGGCAGAAGUUGAGGAGAGGACCGACAACAGGAACCCCAACUUCAAGUCAGUGAAAGAAGCAGUCAAGAAGUUGAUGUCCCGUGGCGGGGGCACCUUCCUGCUUCGCGUGCCAUGUGCCACAGUGCGGUUGAGAGAGGAGGCAAGCAAUGUGGUGAAGAAUGCUCCAGGUCAGACAGAUUGGCCGGAAUGUGUUGCAGGUGUGAUAGCAGGAGUCUCUUUGCGAGUGUCUAUCUCCCUGAACGGCGAAGGCACCUCAUUGCCAUCUCUUGUCCAGGAUCCAGAGGAGUCACGUGCAGUAAGCAUAGACUGUGAGACAUGUCGCCUAUCCCUGGUACAGAUUGGAGGUCCAACUUUCGAUCCUGCAAAGCUGCACGGUCGCCAUGAAGAUGGGAUUGCACAAGAAAUCGAUAUUUGGGCCAAGAGGGCCAGAAACAAACCCAACACGUGGAGACUUCUGCACAUUCAGCCGGAAGCUGCUACUGUAGAUGCGGCAACUUCCUUUGCAGUUCAUUCUGCACCACAAAUCCUUCAAUCCUUAGGCCGGCAGCUGGGAGACCUGGUUUUGGCAGCUGUGGCGGAUAUUGAAUUUUGCAUCGAGCCUUUUGAAAUCAGCUAUGGUGAGUCUCACUUGGAAUCACUUCGCCGCAUGGUGGCUGAAGAGAUUGCGAAUUUGCUGGGCAUCUCAUCCGAGCAAGUCAUGUGUGGUGCCUUCAAGCUCAAGAAUGUCGUGCCCAAGCGGCGCCACUUGCGCCGGAACUCCAUGAUGCUCCAAAUCGCUUUGCUUCAUCAGGGCUUGAUCGAUGUCGUGCGAGGGCCACGCAUGCCAACCAGAAUGGAUUCGGCCCCCCUCCCAGAGCUUGUGAGCAAGCGCCGGCCUGAAAGAACCAAAACCACUAAGUCUUUGUGGGAUGAGCCAGAGCAGGCAGAGCCAAUGUCCCCAACUGGCACGAAAAGAAGCAUAGCCCUAACACGGGCUCUCACAACACUGAAAGAUACACAGGAAACAUUUUCGCAGACGAUGCGAGACAAAACCAGUCUCAACAAAUCAACAUCCGAACCGUCAUUGACAAAGUCAAGCGACACGUUCGAUGGUUUGUAUCAACAAACUUCUGCAUUCCAUGCGCGGGAUUUGCCACCAGAUCAACUUCUGAGGACCUUAAUUCACAUACUUGGCGACAACAAACAUCCGAUCCGCAAGCAUCCACACGUUUUCCCGAUGUUCUCCAAACUCUCAAAGCAAGCGGUUGUGGUGAGAGCACCACUUGUGGCAAGCCAAGAUAUUAUCGAUCCUUCCCGCAUGGCUGAAAGCAUCCGGGAGCUCAUGAAACCCAGAAGAGUCAAGGGUGUUCCCUGCGAUUUGGAUGAAGUAGCUUUGGAGAACCUCUCCACCAUGAGAACUGAGAUUCUAUCACUCUAUUCGCGGCCCGGAGGAAGCGUUGCCGUGCAGAAGUCGCAACUGGUGAGCCUGACGGCAAAGGAAAUCUUGGACACGGCUGACAGUUCCUUCGGACAGAUGCACACCCUGGUGGCUUGCUUGGAGGCAAUGAUAGAGAAGACCGAGCAGGAUGUAGAGCACUGUCAGAGACUUCGGCUCCAUCAUGCGGUGGAACGGACUUUGGUGAUGAUGAGGCAUUUCACUGCCAGCCGAGAAGUUGUUUUCCGUGGGGUGAAUUUAAUCCGCAACCUGACGGCCCAUGACAUUCUCUCCGUAGAUGCUAUUUUGCUGCAGUCCGUAGCUCCUGACCUGAUGCUGUCGUUGGACAAUUUCCCCGCUGACCAAGAGAUGCAGCGGUUGGGUGGACAAGUCCUACGUCGUGUAUACGUUCGAGCCAGGGAGACAACGAUGAUGGGAGCGCGUGUGGUGACAUUGGGCAAGCAACUGGAUGAGGUCUGGACUUUCCAUGGCCUGUCGCGAGUUCUGACUUCCAUGAGGCUUUUCCAACAAGAUGCAGAUAUUCAAGUAGAAGGCUGCAUGCUGCUUGCGUCGGUGGGAGAGCUGCUGUACAACAACGGCUAUGCCACAGCUGUCUUUAAGCUUCUUCAGACUGGUAUUCGCAAGCAUACUGGACGAGCUGACUUGCUUUGCCAAGCGAUCCUGAUUAUUUCCCGUCUCGGAUCUUCCUUUUUGUCGCUGGAGCGUCGCGGCAUUCAAACGAUAGUUGAUGCUAUGGCGCGUCACAGAUCUGACAGACAAUUGCAAGUGACAGCUGUCAGAGCUCUCUUCACUUUAUCCAAAGAUGAGCUGGCGCUGCAAGCAUGUCGGUCGGGAGGAGGUGCUGGCGCAAUUCUUGAGGCCAUGGCCGCUCACCCUGAUUCAUCUCAAAUCCUUCAUGAAGGAACGCGAGCCUUGGAGAAGCACUGCCCCAGAGCAGUGGCCAAGAUCUCACGCCUUUGUGGUGACAUUUCUGCACUUUUGCCUCCAACCGUAUGGUCCACAGGCCCAGAUCAGGUCACCAUGCAGGUUUCCUUGGAUGUCGACGCGGUGAAGUCGGUGUUCAGCUUGCGAGGAAUUGAGAACCUUGUUGCGGAGUUCAAUCCACCAACUAGCACGAUGGGUCAGAAUGAGGAAGACAAGCUACAUUUGCAAGCAGGUUUUCAGAAGAAGAAAGGCUUGCGCGAUGGAAUCGACGCGGCAGAUCAGCUUUGGAUGUCCAUUGGAUCAACCCAGGUGGCAAUGCCCCGAGGAAGCUCCAGCCACAACAUCCGUCAGAAAGACAUUAAUGCUCUUUCUCAGCUGGGUGGUGAUGUCGAAGUUCUUCGUCAGCCUGGGCCAAAACGAGAUCAGGUCCGCCGUCUAUGUGAGGUCUUGGCUGAAGGAGUCGGACCAAAAAAGUACAGCGCACAAGACGGAGAGCUGCUGAUCUUGCUUUUGGGGCAUUUCGCGUGGUUUUCCCACAGCCAUGCUAGGGAGAUCAUUGAGUUUGGUGGCCACACUGCCAUUGUUGACUGGCUGAGAACUGACCGCUUCAAGGGCCAAAGCAAUCCGCUGGAUGACACCCUGGCUUUCCCUUUACAUCGUGCAUGUUUGUCGGCUUUGGCCUCCAUUUGCAGACAUGGCAUCGACACCUCCAAUCAUUUGCUAGAACUUGACGGAGUGGAACUGGCACUAGAGUUUGCAACACACCUGGAAGCGGGGGUUCGCUGUGCAGCGCUGCGGCUUCUAGCACGGCUCAUCCCAUACGCAGCCAAACGCCAUCCUCAGAAAGAUUCGCUUCCCUUGCACAUCAUGUGGCCGAUCCUGCUGGCCGAACUGCAAAGUGGAGACGAGCUUUUGCGAACUGUGGCAGCUGCUUGUUCUUUGGAAGCGAUCGCAACUGCAUGUGUGCCUGUUGAUGGAAAUGUUUCCCAGAAUUUGGCAUUGGCUUUGUUGCAUGCUUUGGAGUUGGCGACAGCUUCAGACUCCUCAGCCACCGCAUUGCCAUUGCUAAUCGCAGUGAACAGAAUGGCCGCAGAUGAGGAUGAGGGCAUUUGCACGGCCAUGCGGAACAAUGAAAACUUGAUCCCACUCCUGACAGACUGGUUGCCGAAGGCCACCAAGCCUAUGGCUGUUGCAACUGCCAAAGCAUCGGGAUUGUCUGCUGCUUGUACUUUGCGCUUGCUUAGUGAGGCAGGGGCUGCUUUGGAUGGAAGCGAGCUGGCCCCGCUUCUGCGCUAUGGGACCAGCAUACGAGCAGAAAUCCAGUUGCAGGAGGCAUGUCAGGCAGCUAUUGAGAGCGCUGUUCACCGUGAACAAGAUGCUGGUUUGCUGAUCCAAAUGCUGACAAACAGAUGGUCCGAGUCCCCACCUGGUAUUUGCGGGUAUUCGGUGAUGAUCCGAGUGGCGCAGCGCGCCACCGCCAUCAUCAAACAAGAUCCUGACCAAGCAAGUGAAGCUUGGCUGGAACUCUUGGAGCACUCGAUAGAUACGGUGCUGCUGGAUUUGGCUGAUUCCAAAGAUAUGCUCGAAGUCUUGGAAGAGCUGCGGAGCGUCACCCGAAAGAUCAUCAGCAUCCGAAAUGGUGAAUUGGAAGAUGAAGUGGAAGGAGAAGACGCUCCGGACGAACGAGAAGAGGAAGAUCCUGAAGAAGGUGAACGAGUCGCAACAUCCUAAAGGAGCAUCAUGGAGCAUCAUGCAGUAUCAAUCGCAUCCUCUACAUUUCGACGGUUUCACGGCAGAUCGCAUCAUUUCACCCCUGCCAUGUGAUCGAAGCUCCGAAGCUGAGCAAAAAUGAGAGUGAGAGAGAGAGAGCAUCGAACCAAAC